AUGGCUGUGUCCUUAAUUGCAAACACGCUGACAAAAAUCUGUUCGUGUAAAAUUCAAAGUAGCUUUUAUAAGAAUUUGUUGAAAUUUGCGGUUAGUAAGCGUUCACAAUUUAUUCGCACAUCGGCUUUUUCGACUGUGAAAGUGCUAAACUCAACGAUACAAGAACACAUAGAAAAUCAAAAAAUAAUGGAAAACUUGCAAUAUCCUGAAGUGUAUCGUGAUGAAACCAUUGUCGAUAAUUAUCACGGUGUUGAGGUUGCAGACCCAUAUAGAUGGUUAGAAGAUCCUGAUUCUGAAAAGACUAAAGCAUUUGUUGAUGCUCAAAAUGCAGUAACUAAACCAUAUUUAGCUUCCUGUAAGGUACGUCAAGAUAUUCAUGAUCGAUUAAAACAGUUAUGGGAUUUUCCAAAAUAUUCAUGUCCUGCUAGACAUGGAAAUAAAUAUUAUUUCUAUAAGAAUACUGGCUUACAAAACCAAAGUGUUCUCUAUGUACAAGAUACAUUGGAUAGUGAACCUAGAGUAUUUUUAGACCCAAAUACUUUAUCAGAAGAUGGAACUAUUGCAAUUACUAGUAGUAAAUUUAGUGAAGAUGGUAGCAUAUAUGCAUAUGGUUUAUCUAGUAGUGGAUCAGACUGGUGUACAAUUCACUUUAUGAAUACAGAAACAUGUGAAAAAUACCCAGAAGUGUUGGAAAAAGUAAAAUUCUCUCCAAUAACAUGGACUCAUGACAAUCGUGGAAUCUUUUAUGGUUGUUAUCCAGACCAAAAAGGUAAAACUGAUGGCUCAGAAACAGAAGGUAAUCGAAACCAAAAGCUUUGCUACCACGUUGUUAAUACACCUCAGUCAGAAGAUGUUAUUGUAGUUGAAUUUCCUGAAGAACCUUUAUGGAGGAUAGGUGCACAAGUUUCUGAUUGUGGAAAAUGGUUAAUUGCUCUACCUAUGAAAGAUUGUAAGGAUAAUUUAGUUUACUUUACGGAAUUAACACCAGAGAUGAAAAUAACUGGAAAGUUACAAUUAACUCAAAUAAUUGAUAAACUUAAUGCUGAUUAUGAGUAUGUGACAAAUAAUGGUACUAAGGCGAUAUUUCGGACAAACAAAAAUGCUCCAAAUUACAAAUUAAUAGGUAUAGAUUUAUUGGAUUAUAAGCAAGAUAAAUGGAUUGAUCUUUUACCAGAACAUCCUGAUAAUGUAUUAGAUUGGGCAUGUGCAGUUGAUGGUGACAAAUUUGUAGCUUGUUAUAUUGAAGAUGUCAAGAAUAUUUUACAAUUACACAAUUUAAAAACGGGUGAAAAAAUUAAAUCAUUUCCACUUGAUGUUGGCACAAUAGUUAAUUUUUCAGGACAAAAGAAUUAUUCCGAAAUAUUUUAUCAGUUCGAAUCAUUUUUAAUUCCUGGUAUUAUAUAUAGAAUUGAUUUAAAAAAUGAAGAAGAACCACAAGUAUUACGAGAGAUUAAGGUGAAAAACUUUGAUUCAAGUUUAUACAAGACUAGUCAAAUAUUUUAUACAAGUAAAGAUGGUACAAAAAUUCCAAUGUUUAUAGUAAUGAAACAUGAUGCAAUUUUGGAUGGUUCUAUGCCAGCUUUAUUGUAUGGUUAUGGAGGCUUUAAUGUAAGCAUUCAACCGACGUUUACCGUUACAAAGUUGGUUUUUGUUCAGCAUUUAAAUGGAGUACUUGCUGUGGCUAAUAUUCGUGGUGGCGGCGAAUAUGGAGAAAAAUGGCAUAACGGUGGACGAUUUCUUAACAAACAGAAUGUAUUCGAUGAUUUUCAAGCUGCUGCAGAAUAUUUGAUCGAAAAGGGUUAUAGUACUUCUUCAAAAUUAAGUAUCUUAGGUGCCAGUAACGGAGGUUUAUUAAUUGCUGCAUGUAUAAAUCAAAGACCUGAUCUUUUUGGUGCUGCAAUUGCUCAAGUUGGGGUAAUGGAUAUGUUACGUUUCCAUAAAUUUACUAUUGGUGUUGCUUGGGUGUCUGAUUACGGUAGUUCGGAUGAUCCGAAACAUUUUGAAAAUCUUCUGAAAUAUUCUCCAUUACAUAACGUAAAAAUUCCGGAAAAUGGACAAUAUCCCGCAACAUUAUUAUUGACUGCAGAUCAUGAUGAUCGGGUAGUACCGUUACAUAGUUUAAAACUUAUUGCCACUCUGCAAUAUACAUUGGGAAAACUUCCGCAACAAACGAAUCCCUUAUUAAUUAAAAUACAAACUAAAGCUGGACAUGGUGGUGGAAAACCAACUAUGAAAGUUAUCGAGCAAAGUACGGACAUUUUAGCAUUUAUUGUAAAAUCAUUGAACUUAGAAUUCAAAUUAUAA